UACCACAACAACAUUAUAUCUUGUCGAGUUCUGGUGCAUUAACCAGUAGCGUAAAUAGAGCAAAAGUGUGCGUACUGUUAGUUAGUUAAUAAUAGAAACCACGAUGCUGUGUUCUGUGACAAUAUUCGCCACCUUCCUGGCAACGUCCUCGGCAAGUCCUGUAGUUUAUCCUGCUGUCCCAACAUCUAGUCAGUACCAUUCUCAAGACGGCCUCGGCCAGUACAGCUACGGUUAUUCCGAACCCUUAUCCGCAAAAUCAGAGAUCAGAUCGGCUGAUGGUGUUACAAGGGGCGGUUACUCGUUCUACGACGCCGAGGGUAAACUACGGACUGUUCAGUACGUUGCCGAUCCAUUAAACGGAUUCCAAGUCGUUGCUUCCGACAUUCCUGACCCUGCGAGGACUCUAGAACAACGAGCCGUUGAAUUAGAGCAACUCAAACCUGUCGAAGACACUCCGGAAGUUGCUGCAGUUAAGGCUGAACAUUUGGCCGCCGUUGAAGAAGUCAAAGCAAGAUUGGCCGAAGCUGAAAGAAACAGUGUUCCAGGUGAAGAAGAAGAAGAGCGAGAAGAAGUUGUAAAUCCAGUAUCCUCGAAUGCAAUAAAUGAUGGUCCAGCACCGGUGGCUUAUUCAGCGGUACCCGCUCCCAUGGCAUUUCCUGUUCCAGCUGCUUAUUCGUAUUCUUACACGACUCUUCACGAUACUGGUCUAGAACAACCUGUAGCCGGUGCUUACGCUACCCCACUGAUAAGAUAAUCAGUACUUAUGUCUAAAUUUUAUGUCAUAGGUAUAAGUGACAAUUUUGUACCUCGUAUCUCUAAAAUUAAUUUGUAUAGUGUUGUGAGAAUUUAAUCCAGAAUAAUUAAAAAAAAAAAAGAACAAGAA